UUUUUUUUUUUUUUUUUUUUUUUUUUUUUUUUGGUGAUGCCUGAAACUAGCUUUUAAAAAGCCCAUUUCAAUUGUGUAGUGGGUUGCCAUAGUUAACGCGUGUAUUUGUGAUUGAAUACAAACUUAUAAAAACGCAAACUGGAGCUGUUUUAGACAUCUGGUCAGUCCAGCCCACUUAAGGCAAUGCAAGUAAUGUACUGUUUUUUUUUUUUCUACCCUUGAACCUAACCCUUUUCCUCUGCAGUGCUGUUGAGCAUUUAGGAUUGUAUCAAGCUGUGCUGCUCUUCUCUCUAGACACAUUUUCUGUAUUAUAUCCGCCCACUUCCUCUCCUCACAAAGAUGUUUUUCUUCACCAGCAUCUGUAUUCCCGCAAAACGUUCCAUUAAUCCAGGGGGAUCAGAUCAUGUUUCAUACCGACUCUCUCACUAUUAUCUAAGUCUAUAAGGAGCCAUUAUAAUCAAUGAUCUGGACUUUGAAAUGUUUUUGUUUUUUAGUACCUCAGUUGAAUUUUAGGUGGGUUGUCAGGAUGUCAAGCAACCAAAUGCCAUCUGCUGACUUGGAUCCUCCCAAAUUCCAUCGCCUGUUCAAGUUCUAUGACCCUGAAGUGGUGGCUGUAAGUGGAUGUGGGUCAAAUAAUUUGUCAUUAAGGAAGACAGAUAAUGCUUACGACAAUAUUAUUAGGUUUGUUCCAGCUCCUCCUGACUAUACCAGCCUACAACAUCAGCCUUGAUAUAAAAUAUUUCUUUAUGUGCCCCCUCUGUGUUGGUUCUGUGUCUGUGAUUGCUGGAUCAUUUGGUAUGGCAUCUGAAAGAACUCCUAAGAGAGAACUGUUAAAAAACAGUUUGAUCUCUGGUCUUGCUGGCCUGGUGGGGACACUGAUUGGACUUAUUAUGUAUGGUUAUGCUGCAAGUACCUCUCUCGACAUCCCUCCAUGCUCACAUGAAUCCCUUGAAUACCACACGUGUCCAGAAACGAUCUUUCAAAAUUUUUACAAAACCAUCUCUGGGCAGCUGUUGUUUUAUAAUAUUGCAGCUCUGGUUCUUCAUUGUUUUCUAUCAUUUUCUGCAUUUAAAGGACUGAGGAUACAUUGAGAGGCACAUAUUUUUAUGAGCAUCUAAUCCUUUAUAUUUUGAUUACUAUUUUGCCUCCAAAUCAUUAUCACUGCUAUUGUUUUUCUGUCCCUGUUUUCUCUUCUUCCUUCCUUCUUCUUAAAAAUGUGAAUUUACAAUAUUGUCAUUUACAAAAAAAAAAAAAAAAAAAAAAAAAAAAAAAUCACUAUUACUGAAAAUGUAAGUUUAUACUUUGUAAUUUUUAAGUAUAAAAAAUAAAUAAAACUAUCCGAAAACUAAUAAAAUCACAAAUUAUUGUGUCAAAUGAAAUGGAUAUGAUCAAAUGUGUAAAACACAAUGAUGAAAGCACACAGCUUUACAGUGCUUGUAAUUCCAAGCGCUAAAAUAAUGUCUCUUUAGUGCUUAUAUCUGUAAAUGUGUGAGACCAUUCUUUCUGAAAUAUUAAACUUCUAUAUUAAAAAAAAUCUAUGUUGCAUUUCUGAUGAAAUAU